CCCCUCUUAUUGGACGUCGGAGCCGUGUUGCUUUGGUCCCCCUUGAGCGCCGUAAAAGCUUGUCUACAUCUCCUUUAGACCUGUCUAUGGAUGAAUGGAAUGGAAGAAACAAAUCCGAAAGCAAAGAACAGGCGAAAGUUUCAGCGAGUUUAGAGGCGCUGAAACCCGUGCGUGGUGCUAUUUUUCUUUCGUUUCCAAGGAUUGCGUGAAGCCGCUCCGUGUAACCUGCUAACCUGCGGCGGCUCUUGGUCGCUGCACCGGAGUGCUCAUCUUGUCCUCGUUGGCACUCAACCUGCAUGAAUGGAAAUUUACUGACCCUCCUGUUAUAAAUACGGAAUUGUAGUGCACUUCUAGCAUUUUGGUUUCGGGCUGUGGAGGCUAUAUGGAGGAAGAUAAGGAUGGCUUGCACCAGGAAGACCAAAACUUUGGUGUCUACUUGUGUCAUUCUAAGUGGCAUGACCAAUAUCCUUUGCUUGCUGUAUGUGGGAUGGGUUACUAACUACAUAGCGAACGUGUAUAUUAAAGUCCAGGAACCACUUCCAGAGAAGAAGUUGGAAGAGGACAAGGGGGAAACUUUAAGGAUAAUUGAACGACUAGAUCGUCUGGAGAACGUUGUUAAUCAGCACAUUCAAGAGGUGCCACAGAAGACAGACGAGAAAGCCAUAGAGUCCUUUUCUGAUUCCUCCUUAUUUAAACACUGGGGACAAGACCUUAGUCCAGAGAACAGAAGAAUUGCACUGAAGAAAUUCCAGUACUAUGGCUAUAAUGCUUUUCUUAGUGACAGAUUGCCUUUGGGCAGAACGAUACCCGAUUUCAGACCUGAGGGGUGCAAAAAUAUCUCCUACUCCUCAAGUCUUCCACAACUCAGUAUUGUAUUCAUAUUUGUAAACGAAGCACUAUCUGUCAUCCUGAGGUCGAUUCAUUCAGCAAUUGAAAGGACCCCGGCUCAUCUGUUAAAGGAAAUUGUGCUCGUGGAUGAUAACAGCAAUGAUGAGGAACUGAAAGAGAAGCUGAGAGAAUAUGUACAGGAGAUGAACAGCCACCAGCCAGAAUUUAUAAAGAUGGUUCGACACACCAAGCAAGAGGGACUCAUCCGUUCCCGUGUGAGUGGCUGGAGAGCUGCAACAGCCCCAGUUGUUGCCCUUUUCGAUGCUCACGUGGAAUUCAAUGUUGGAUGGGCUGAACCCAUUCUCUUGAGAAUCAAAGAGGACAGAACUCGAAUCAUUUCACCUUCAUUUGACAAUAUUAAAUAUGACAAUUUUGAAAUCGAGGAAUAUCCACUGUCUGCCCAAGGAUUUGACUGGGAAUUAUGGUGUCGAUAUUUGAACCCUCCAAAAUCUUGGUGGAGCCUUGGAAAUACAACUGCUCCUAUAAGGAGCCCAGCACUAAUCGGGUGCUUUGUGGUGGACAGAAUGUAUUUUGAAGAGAUCGGUUUGCUCGACGAAGGAAUGGAGGUCUACGGUGGAGAAAAUGUGGAACUUGGUAUCAGGGUCUGGCAGUGUGGGGGCAGUGUUGAAGUACUGCCAUGUUCCAGAAUAGCACAUAUUGAAAGAGCCCAUAAGCCAUAUACUGAAGAUUUGACAGCCCAUGUCAGAAGAAAUGCACUCAGAGUGGCGGAGGUGUGGAUGGAUGAGUUCAAAAGCCAUGUCUAUAUGGCCUGGAACAUACCUCAAGAGGAUUCUGGGAUUGACAUUGGUGAUAUUACAGAAAGGAAAGCCCUCAGGAAAAAGCUUCAGUGCAAGACAUUCAGGUGGUAUCUUGUCAACAUUUAUUCAGAAAUGAGAAUGUACACAGACACCAUCGCCUAUGGGUUGCUGAAGAACAACCUUAAAAGUGACUUGUGCCUUGACCAGGGGCCAGAUACGGAUAACAUUCCCAUCAUGUACAUCUGCCAUGGGAUGACACCUCAGAAUGUUUACUAUACAAGCAGCCAGCAGUUCCAUGUUGGUGUUUUGAGUCCUACCAUCGAUGAUGACGACAACAAGUGCCUGGUCGAUGUCAACAGUAGGCCAAGACUGAUUGAGUGCAGCUAUGCCAAAGCAAAGAGAAUGAAGCUCAACUGGUUGUUUACUCAGGGAGGUUCAAUUCAGAACAGAAAAUCAAAGAGAUGCCUGGAGCUACAGGAAAACGCAGACAAUGAGUUUGGGGUCCAACUUGUACUUCAAAAAUGCUCAGGCCAGCGAUGGACUAUUACAAACAUUGUAAACGGACCCUCAUUAUGAGACUGCUUUCUAACUCUUCUUCUCUGAGGAUGCACCAUGUGCAAGGGGGGGGAGAAUCAAAAUGAAGAGUUUCUGUGUGAUCACACUUUAAGAUAAUGACUGCAACUCCAGAUGAGUCAGACGAGUGAUGUUUAUCAUUCUACUUUCCUGAGCACUACAGAAACUUCAUACUCUAUAAACAUUUUGUAGUGUGUGCUUAAAUGUUAGUUUUUCUAAUGUUAAAUAUGGCAUAAGAAUGGAGAAAAUGUGGGUAUCUGGGAGAAAAAAGUCUGGGUGGAGUAUGCAUAAACCUUUGUUGUGAUUGAGAAGGGUGAGGACAGUUUUGGGAUUCCCCUCUCCUUGAUUCAUUCUGUACUUGAUUCCUGUUUGCUACUGUGUAGCAGACAGCUGCAAUGUGUUCUGCUUUCCUUUUGUUUCCCUUUUUCUAGUGUCUCAGGUUUGUAGAAUAUGUUUGUUAUAAAACAAAUGAUUUAAUUUCUAGUUGGUGAUGAUGUUGCAGAAUGUGCUGGAAUCAAAUUUUAGAGUAUUUUCUAAAUUAAAAAUGGAUCAAAUGAUAAUAUUUAUAAACUCGGACAAUAAAAAUAUGUUUGUGUCCUUUC